AUGGAGGAGCUGCGGCGGGCAGGGUGGUACUGGGGCAAUAUGAGUGUUGCUGAAGCUAAAGAGAGAUUACAAGAUGCCCCUGAAGGGACUUUCUUGGUUAGAGACAGCUCACAUUCAGAGUACCUAUUGACUAUCUCAGUGAAAACUUCCGCAGGACCAACAAAUCUGCGUAUAGAAUAUCAGGACGGCAAAUUCAGGCUGGACUCUAUCACCUGUGUCAGAUCAAGACUUAAACAGUUCAACAGUGUGGUCCAUCUGAUUGAGUACUAUGUCCUCAUGUGCAAGGAUAGAAGUGGGUCUGAAACAACGUCAAAUGGAACAGUGCAUCUUUAUUUGAACAAACCCCUCUAUACUUCAGCUCCAUCCCUGCAACAUCGCUGUAGGAUAACUAUAAACAAAUAUACAAGUAAGAUCUGGGAGCUGCCUUUACCAACACGACUAAAAGAGUACUUGAAAGAGUAUCAAUACCAGGAUUACAGUUAUUGAUGCACAGGAAAGAAGAACUUGUCCAUUUUGUGGUUUUCUUGCAUCUUUCAUUUAGGUAAUGUAUAAAUCUUAUAUUCCGACACAAUAUAUUGAAUCAUGUAUUAAUGAUUUUUAAACUUGAUAUCUAUAUUCUUGUAUGUACAUGCAAGGUAAAAUUAUUCACCUGUGUUCAGUGGAAGUAUUGAAGUAAGGAGAUAUUUAUCAGUAACUUAAAUGCCUUACAUAUCAAGUAAUUUCUCUGGAAA